CAGGAAUGGACAAAUUACGUGGCGAUUGAGAAUUUUAUAAGAAAGAACUCGUUACGUUUCGGAAAGAACACUCGCAAGGUCCUGCAUUGAUUUAAAGGAAGGAAAAUCAGGAUUGCAAACAUAAACAAUGGACGUGAAACUAUGGACCAUCAUGCUGCUGGUAUUUGUCUUGUACGCUAAUACUGAGCAAAAAAGGAGAAGUUGUAAUUCCGUUGCAUUUCGUGGGUUCUAUUGUGACGAUGGCGAAGAAUGUGUCUGGGAUGACUAUUUUUGUGAUACUGAAGCAAAUGAUUGUGACGACAAUAGCGAUGAAGCAAAUUGUCCAACUGACUGUAGUCACGGUAACCAGUUUAAGUGCGAAAAUGGCCAAAAAUGUAUCGCACGUUACCGUGUGUGUAAUGAUGAGAUAGAUUGUGAUGACGGGAGUGACGAAAGCAUAUGCAGAGUGGGAGUUCCGUUCGGUUAUCACAAACCAGCAAAAGCUCAGCUUUUUGUGUCUGACGUUCCUAUCUAUUGGUCCGAUGACUGAGACUUCAUGCUAUGUAUAGGCCUAUGCUAGUCACAUCGCAACAAUCAGGAUAUUAUUACUCUAUUUCUUGGCUGGCAAAUAAA